GGUGAAACUAAUAAAUUAUUUGAGAAACAGAUUAGUUAUGAAAUCUGAAAUGUAAAAUGUUGAACAGAAAUGUAGCCCAACAGAAGUAAUGUUUAUUGUAUCUUAUAGAUAGUGAUCCAAAAACGUUCAAAUGUAAUGAAGGAGGUGCUGGGGAGAAAUAUUUCUUAUAUCUUUUGUUUUUUCUUUAAUAUACCUUCAGUGCCUUUGGGACUGCCUUUCCUGGUAUACUCCCGGGAGAGCCUUGUGCCCCAGAAACUAACAUCUGCUGGUGGUCCCCAGCUCAGGAGACAUCUAGCUGUCCUUGACCAGGGCUAGGGCCUUUUCUACCCUGGCCCCAACCUGGUGGAACUCCGCCAAACUCCAUCUGGACCCUGCAUGGCCUCCUCUGAAAUGCUCUCGCUGAAAGCUAAAGGAAGAACAACAGGAGAGUCAAAAGGUAGGAGCUGUACUUUGGCUUGCCCUUCCUUGCUGGGGACACAGAAAACGCACCAGGAGUUUGUAUCAGGCAAGCAAAGACUGUACAGCAGUUUUUACUUCACCUUGCAAGACUACCAGAAAAAAUCUGUACUAGCUAAGGAUAUGAUCAUGAAGACCAAGGAAGAUGCUGAAUGCUCUGCACCCAGCAAGCAACAGAAACAGUUCAAGAUCCGCAAGGAGUGGAGCAUUAAAUUCUGGGAAGCCAAGAAGACAGUCACCUUAAUUAUGGUUCUUGGCCUACUCCUGUUUGUUGCUUUCAACACUUUCACUUGGUAUCUGCAAAAGUUCUUGGGAGCCUCGGGUACCUUCUGGCAGACCCAGUGGGAGAAUCUGUACCACAGAGUAGGGGGAAAUGAAUGGGUGAUUUUCAUCUUAGCCACAAUCGUAGUCCCUGGGAUUUUUUUCUGGAGCUUCAAUGCAAUCUUUAUGGUGGCAGAUAUAACUGGGAAGCCAACUUUCAUCACACAAUACCGUAUUCAGUUGGGGAAGAAUGACCCUGUUGACAGAGCAAAACUACGCAAGACUGUCCUUAUAGGACUGCUCAAUCAAAUUUUCAUCUUUGUUCCACUGAUGAUGCUGUCAUUGCCCGUCUUGAAACAGAGAGGUGAUCCUUUCAGUUUGUCAUUGCCCACCUUCCACUGGUUUCUUCUUGAGCUGGCUGUCUAUACACUACUGGAGGAAAUGCUGUUUUUUUACACUCAUUGGUUUCUCCACCACCCUUUCUUCUAUAAACACGUGCACAAACAACAUCAUGAAUGGACUGCUCCUGUGAGUGUUACCAGUACGUAUGUUCAUCCAUUAGAGAAUGUGAUUUCAGUUAUGAUACCUUUGCUGACUGGCCCUGUUCUCCUUGGAUCUCAUGUUGUUUCAAUCAUGGCAUGGCUGGUUCUUACAAUUCUGUUUGGUUCAGUUUCACACUGUGGCUACAAUUUACCAUUACUGCCCUCAUCAGAAUUCCAUGACUACCAUCAUCUCAAAUUCAAUGAGUGUUAUGGAGUUUUGGGCUGGUUUGACUAUCUGCAUGGAACAGACAAAAUGUUUAGGCAAUCAAGGGCCAAUAAGAAUGCCUCAGAAAACAUCCCUGAAUUGCCAAAAAAAUCUGAAUGACCUUCUUCAAGUACAGUCUACUUCCUCUAUUCUGAUAAUCACAGGAAUCAGGGAAGAUGAUUAUGUCAAGUGAUUUCCCAGCAAGAAGCCUGAAGAUACCAAUGUAAUAUGUUCUGAGUUUCCAUUAUCAGAAGACUGUUGUUUGCAGUGACUUUUGUAUCAAUGCAAUAAAAGUACUUAUCAGAAGACAGA